AUGGCACACAACGGCAUUGCUCGGAGUCAGCGGCUGACAAGGCUGAUGAAACAGAAGCAUCGAACCCGUCAAGAGACAGUUGAACCAGCCAGCCAACCAGGGGAAGAGUCGGCAGGGUCGUUGAUCUCCAGCAUGAAAAAGGCGCACGUCCUGGACCAUAGUAAGCGUCAUGGGUCGUCGGGGGAGGUAUCGCACAAGGACUCGGACUAUUCGCUAGAAAAGCGUCAGGAUUCCCCCAUUCCUCCAGGAUCUCAGACGGCGGCCACCACGGUAACCAGUGUUGUCGAUGCACCUCCAGACACCGCUGCGGCUCUUCCGACGCCAAUAUCGGAUCCUGCUUCAGAUCAACCAACCGUCUCUGUUCCUGUCGAGACACCCCCUGCGGCUGAGCCGUCGACCACUUCAGCUACCACAAGUUCUAACGAUUUGACAAUCAUACCCACCGCCACUGUUUCUGUGUCAUUAGACUUAUCGGUUUCAAUAGCCGUUUCGAUUCCAACGUCUAUCGCUAUCAUCAACUCUGCGAGUAGCACCCAGUCGUCCGCUUUAAUACCUAGUGCUCGAUCCUCGAGUGCUGUAUCGAGCUCGACCCCAAUAGCCUCACCAAAGCCCACUUCGACGAGUACGAUUUCUAGUUCGACCAACGCCAACGAUACCAGUUCGUACGGUUCAUACGGCGGCACUUCCAGCGACUGUUCUGGUGAUUACUCGACCACGUCGGGGUCAGAGACCACUACCACUGCGGACCUGUAUAGUACGGGAACGUAUUUUGGAGGCGGAGAUUCAGGCGCAACUGCUACGGGCCAGGCUCCCUCAGCAACCACGUCUUCGUCCUCUGGUGGUGGCUUGGACAGCGUCACUACCAAACGCAUUGUGGGCGGAGUGGUUGGAGGUCUCGCCGGCGCAUUCUUCCUGCUCGGCCUGCUUCUCUUCCUGCUGCGACGGCGCAAGACGGCCUUGUUUCGACCGAAUCGUGGACUCCCAGCGAGUGAUGGGACUGGCGGCACGUCUGGAGACGGAAGAUCUGUUUCACGCACCGAGAUGGCGUCACGGCGCUCGAGUCGCGACCCCCUGUUCACGGCGUCGUACUUUGCUCCGGCUUUUAUGAAGCGAUGGAGGCAGUCGAACCAGACGGUGCGGUCUGACGACAGUACCUUCACCUCUACUACCACGAGCGAACGCGGGUUCCAGAAGAUCUCGGGCCGCAAGAUCCCCUCGGUGCUGCAGUCAGGAGGGGACGGCUAUGGUGGCGGAUAUGAUCAAGGAUCGCCGACCGCGUCGGAGCCCAGCAUGAGCCUCCCGCCGGGGUCACCCGUCCAGCCUCGCUCCGUCAUCUCUCAGCCUCCUCCCUCGAUGCCGUACGGGAUGCCACUGGAUGUGAGCUACACGCGAGAAGCGGACGAACCCGAGUCGGUCGUGGUCUUCCGACCGUCACCCGCCCGGACGCCGGUUGCCAGMUCGACGAACGUCAGCGUGGUGAACGUACCGGCGGCCUCGCGUGCCAUUCCUCAACCGGGGGGUACAUUAUCCCCCACGAUACCACUGCGGCCAGACGGACUGGGCCGUAGUCACCCCAGCUUCGACGGCAGCCGGGGGAGUCGCUUCACGGAGAGUCUUGACGGAUUGUGA